AUGGUGAACCUCCUCUCAGACUGCAUUGCUGCAAAUGGCGAAACCGCGAAAAACUAUGUGUUUCCACCGGAAAGAAGACCACCUACUUCCGGGAAAGUUGACAUUCCGAUCAUUGAUCUUCAGGAAGAGAAUUCAACCAAGCAUAUUUUGAACGCUAUCCAAGAUUUUGGUGUAUUUCAGGUAAUCAACCAUGGAGUUUCAAAGGAUAUAAUUAGUGAAGCAAUGAAAGUGUUCAAAGAAGUAUUUGAGUUACCACCAGAAGAAAAAUCAAAAAUAAAUAUGAAAGAGGAUAUAAAUCAAUUUUGCAGAAUAUAUUCAAGCAGCUACAACUUUGACAGUGAAAAGAUUCAUUACUGGAGGGAUGUGUUGAAGCACCAUUGUAGUCCUUUGGAGGAAUGCAUUAACUUUUGGCCUCAAAAGCCCGAAAAAUACAGGGAGAAAGUAGGAACAUAUGUGACAGCAUUGAAGGAUCUGGGAUCAAGGAUUCUAGGGUUCAUAUCACAAGGAAUUGGUCUAGAAAAAGAGUAUUUUGCAAAUGAGUUAAGUGAAGAUAACAAUUUGAUUGUUAAUCAUUACCCGCCGUGCCCUAACCCGAGUUUAACCCUUGGAUUAACUAAGCAUUCAGAUCCUAACCUUAUCACCAUUCUUCAAGCAGUGCCUCUUCAUGUCCCUGGCCUUGAACUCUUCAAGGAUGGUCAAUGGUUGAGUGUUUCAACUGUUCCUGAUGCAUUUGUUGUCUUUGUUGGCAAUCAGCUUCAGGUUGUUAGCAACGGGGAGCUGAAAGCUGGAGUUCACAGAGUGAGAAAUGCGAGUGAAGCGCGAACAAGUGCUGCAUUCUUCAUUAAUCCAUCAAACGAAUGCAUUGUGGAACCAGCAAAAGAGCUUGUUCAAGCAGAAAAUAAUCCACCACUAUACAAAGCUUUCAAAUAUGAAGAUUUCUUUAAAGUUUACACAGGUCAGGAAGGGGACAGGCAUACUAUACUAGAAGAUUUUGGUUUUAAGAUAAAACCUUAA